UUUGUUUUGUGUGUGGGUAGAAUAACUCCGUUUAGGCGCAGAACUAAAGGCCUGUGACAUCUGUGACUUUGGUACUACUGAGCGGCACGAACUACUCUGUUGUCUUAGUACUACAAAAGGGACAGCAACAAUGAACGUCAAUUUUUCUUAGGCUUAAAACAGGGGCAACCACUCUGGUUGUCAAAGCUAACAUCGUCUGGGACCCGGUCAUUGAUAAAUAAAUAAAUUAGUAGUUCAGCGUAGCAACAAGACGGUCGUUGUUGUUGAUGCUCAAGCAGCUGUUGUCAUUGGUAAUGAACGGGGUUUAAAAGUCAAAAGACCCCUGGCGAGAUGUUCAGUUAUCAGUAUAGACGGACGGGAUCGGCAUCCACAAGAUACAGGGAGUGUUGUGCUUGAUCGUGGUGACUAAGUGAUGACAAUUUUCUGGUAACAUUUGUGUGAGCAGAGAAAAAGGUUGAACAGACGCGUUACUGUUGAAGGCGAUAGGGUAAAGCGUUCGAUUACUUCCCAUUUAAAAGGUCAGGAGUUGAUCACUUGGCCAGUUUUCUCUCUCCACGUCACCGCCAGUGUCUGCCAGAAUGACUGUAGAAAUUGAUUUGAUCAACAGGGAUCCCAACAACCUCAACGACCACGUCAAGGUAAGUGCUGACCGACGUACAAAAACGAAACAAAACUUUUUUUUUUUUUUUUUUUUUUUAAUGAACCUGACACAUCAGUCAUCUAUCCCCGUUAUUAAUGGCUAGCAUCGUGUCUCUGUUUUAGUCUUACAUUCACCAGUCUUCCUAUGAGUUAUAAGUCUUGAUAACCUCGCAGCCAGAUUUAAAGCAAAAACUUGAGUUGUUUUUAACUUUUUAAAAAUGUCCUACUACGCUAAAAGCUAAUCAUGGAUAAAUUCAGAUUAUAUGAGCAUGACACUAAUAAUAAUAAUAAUCUCAGAGCCAGAAUGUUAUGGCGGUGACCAAGUACUUUAAUGCUUAUGUGAUUAAAGCUCUGUCGAUUCUCAUUUUCGCUACCGGUGCUUUUAGCUUUUCCAUACGAGGGCUAUAAAGUACACGGAGAGAUAAAUCAGUGCACACUGUACCACAGCAUACUCAAAUGUAGAGGUUUUCCUGGAUUUAAAGAGCUGCAUACCAGCGCAUUGCUGAUGUUGAGAUUUGACGCCUGGUGCAGAUGACGUUUGAGGCAAUCUUGCAUGUUAAACAUAGACUUGAGGUGUAAUACAGACGGACAGAACAUGUAUCACGCCCCGGUAGUAAUACAUGAAGGGUUGAAAGGGGUGUUAAUAAUAUACCGGACUAGAGAUUUAACGCCCAGGUGUAACCUUUUUAACCGGUUUAUUAUAAACUAAUUUUUUUAAACCUUUUUGAAUUUUAUAAAUUUUAGAUUUUAUACACAGCACAAUUGAUUGACAUUUCAGGAUAAAAAUUUCUUUAUAUUUGGUGAUGAAAAAGUGGUUAAAAAUCAGCCUCACAUGGUUUUCAUUGAUUUUAUUUUUGAGAUUUUGGUAUUGGUAAAAAAAAAUUGAUUCUCAAAUAACCGAUAUGGUUGAUUAUUCAAAAUUUAUUAAUCGCAAUUAUGCAGUACAGAGUGUCAAACAACUCAUAUAAGUAAAAACAACUUCAUGUUCCAUCUAUCACCAGGUCUUAUUUGAAGAGGUCCUCGCCGAGCCAGAUGGCGCCCACUCCAUGGACUGCGUCUGGAAGAACUCCUACAAGUGUUUUGAGUGCUGUAAGGGCUGCUGCUACAAGAUCUUGACGCUGAUCUGCGGCAUCCCCCUCGCUCUAUGCUGGGGGUGCGAGUUCGCCUUCAUCACCUUCUGGCACGUGUGGUACGUCACCCCAUGCAUGAGGGCCUACAUGAUCAACUGUGGAUGUCUACAGAAGUUCUACGGCACUUGUCUGUCUUGUUACCUCCAGCCACUCUGCGAGGCGUUCAGCUACUGCUUCAGCAAUAUCAAGGUCACCAACUUGUCCGGAUAGUACAUCAUUUCCGUUUCAGUUAGUUUCGAGCAAGGUUUAUUUUCGAAUGAAGAUGGCACCUGUUACAGCGAUCUUCUGUAUUGACAUGUACAUCAAAAGUGUGGACAAAGAUCUUUUGUAUUGACAUGUACAUCAAAAUUGUGCGCAAUGGUUUAAAUAUGUUUUCUUACCUUGAAAAACUUUUGUACAGUGUUUGAAAAAAAAAAAGAAGUUUUUUUAUAAAAAAAUAUAAAAACAUCUCUUUUUGUAUUUCUCUAUUUAUCUUUAAAUUGAAAGCUCACUAUUGUAGCCCUUUUUCAUUACGAGCAUACGGUAACCCUGAUAUAAAAUUCAUUACAGCCUAGCAUAAAUGAAAGUGUAAGGGAUUAAAAUGUUAUAAAUGAAAUGGUAAAAUAAAUUAUUUUUUUUUAAAUCUAGAACAUGCGUUUGCUAAAUAAUUAUUGGUCGAAGUCAAAUGAAUCGAAAUUUUGAAGAAGAAAAAAGACAGACCCAAACAGUCUAGAUCCCCAAUAAAAGUAAAAUAUAGUUUUAAAUAUAUCUUAAAUAAUUGUAUACAUUCAUUAAAUGAAGCGCACAUUUAAGCCUGAUAAAGUUUGUGCUUAGGGACUCGGAAUAAUGUUGUUGUUGAACAUGUUAAAAUAACUUACCGGUAACUGCAAGUUGGUGUUAUCAAUCUUUUUUUUAAACUUAAGGCCCACAGAGCACUAUAGACGUCUAUGACGUGUAUAGACAUUUUAACAUUUACAAAAUGAAAAAAAAAAUGUUAUAGGUAAAAUAUUUCAUUUUUUAUUAUCACGUACAGAGGCUUAGAGUAAUAUAUAUAUAUCACCCCAUAUCAAUAAUACGUAAAUAGGUUGUUUUUUUUUAAAAACCAUAACACUAUUUUCUUUCAUCCUCAUGAGUCACUUGGCAAUCUAGUGUGGCAGCAUCUAUCAUGGCAAUCUAGUGUGGCAGCAUCUAUCAUGGCAAUCUAGUGUGGCAGCAUCUAUCAUGGCAAUCUAGUGUGGCAGCAUCUAUCAUGGCAAUCUAGUGUGGCAGCAUCUAUCAUCAUUCUCAAUAAAAACAACUCAGGCUCUAUUCCACAAGCUAUUAAAUAAGUCAAGCUCAACUUCAAACCAACAACAGCCACCACAUUAAACACUGCCACAGGCACCACAUUAAACACUGCCAGAGGCACCACAUUAAACACUGCCACAGGCACCACAUUAAACACUGCCACAGCCACCACAUUAAACACUGCCUCAGGCACCACAUUAAACACUUCAGUCGUUAGUUCCAUUGAAAUUCCGUAUGCACUUCAACAGCCCAACUCACACUAGAACCGUCGCAUGACUUUUAGAGGCCAACUACUUUGAGGUUUUUGGACCCAGUUUCGUUUUCCAUAACAGUAUUAUUAAUUUAUUCACAAUAACAUAUUUUCUCUAUCUAUCACCAAAAAAGUUGUUUGUUAUUUAUUUUAGACGAUAUAAAAUUAAAAUAAUAAUGAUUUUAAUAAUAGCAAAAGUUAUAAAUAAAUAUUUAAAGCAGUUUUAUUCGAAACUAAAAUAGGUCUGCAUAAAAAACGAAGAAUGAAAUUCAGCGUUGUAUAUUAUUUUAUUUCUUUUUAAAUUUAAAUACAACCAGAAAUUUUUAAAAAGUGUUAAAGCGGUUAUGUAAUAUUCUUGCGAAGUUUCAAAUCGUUCAAAGUGUGACUUCUCUGUGUCUUGGUGUUGUGUGACAUGUUAAACUUAUUGCAUUGUGCCUUGAAAUAAAGAAAAUAUUGACCUAAUCUGAACUUCAGAUAUUCAUUUGAAAUCUCAUUUUUUGUAUAGAAUGUUCAUUUCCAUCGGUGAAAAUUGUCAUAAUGACGUCUGGUAUCUUUCCAAAAC